AUGGCUACAAGAUCAGGUGAGUGGGACUGGGAGAAGCUCUUCGGUUUAAUACCACAGUUCUUGCUGAAUAAAAUUGCAGGUAUAAUGUCGCCCUUGGACGGUACAACUAUUGACAGAUGCCAAACACCUCAACGUGUUCAUAGUUUCUUAUGGCUGGCUUAUCGAGAUUGCCUUUUGACAAAUGGUGAACGUACUGGACGAGGGAUCACGGACGAUGCAUGUUGCAAUUGUUGUGGAGAGUUGCUGGAGGCAAUCCUUCAUGUUCUCCAUGAUUGUGUCUACACUAAAAAUGUGUGGAAUUCGUUGCUAACGAGUAAUGUUCGAUGCUGGUUUUUUCAACUACCAUUAGAUGAGUGGAUUGUCAAGAAUAUUCAAGAAGCCUUCCAUCUCAGUUUUGUUGGUAAGGGGGCGGAGGGUGCAAUUCAUAUGGGGAUGUCGGCUAAUGCAAAUUGGGAAGCACCUGAGGAGGGUUGGAUGAAACUCAAUACUCAUGUUGCUGUAGACAGAAGUAAAUGGAAUGCAGGUAUUGCUGGUUUAUUCUAA